AUGGAUGCCUCUAGCUACUGGCAGCUCUCCAAUUCUGAGGAUGAACUCAAUGAUAAUUCAUAUCCGCCAUAUGAUGUGCAGACCACAAACUUUGUGUCAGGCUCUAGUUCAAACAGCCAAGGCCUCAACUAUACCCAAGUGCAUCAGCCACUUCCUCCACCAGCGGCUCAACCAGAUCAAGAGGGCUACAAUUAUGCUCCUUUUUCCUAUGACUACUCCCUUCAAUUCCCUUCCCAUCACAGGCCUAUGACCAUCCUUCCUACACAUCCUGAGAGCGGAAAUCAUCCUCUAUUCAAUCUAUUCAACAGUCCUUAUGGAGAUGCUCCCCCUCCAAGUAAUCUAUUGGCUGAGGAUGAAGCUUACCAUCCCCCUAACGAUGCUCCUACCCAUGAUACCUUUGCUCACGAUCCUCCCACUUAUAACGCCACUCCUCAUCAGACGAUAGUUUCGGAAGAGGGUUCAGAAAUCAAAAAGGGAAAGCAGCCUUGUGUCAUCCAAAAUCCACACAAGCUCGCCCCAUUUGAUCCCGACACUAUCAAUGUCUACAAAAACAUUCUGGACGCCCUUUACUCCGAAAUCUUACAUCACGCUGUCGGAAUCACACCCUUCCUUGACCAGAGGGCUAGAGAAGCGCUGGUGAAGGAGAAGUUGAAGGAACUUGCCAUAGCAUCCUUCCAAUUGAACUCUGAAGAUCAGACAGACAUAGGCAGGUACAAAAUAUAUUCACAGUUUGACAUUACUAAUGUCAUGUUUGGGGAAGGUAUACAGGGAAGUAGCGAGUCCAAUGUCACAUGUCAUGCAGAAAUGCAGGAGCCUAGCGAAAUACCUUUGCAUACGAGGGAUUUCACCCAAAGGAAGGUGAGGGAGCUCAUUAGGAAGCCUCAGCAAGAAAUGGACCUGGAAGAUACCCACAGCAUUGUGUCUUUGCUUUUCAUUUUUGACAAACACAGCUCUCCUUUUGAACACCAAGUCAUCUGGGACAUUGUGCUGGAGACCAUCAGCCAGCUCGACCUCACUCAAUUCACCAGCCCUGGUUUCUGA